AGCCCCUGCAGGCCCGAGCUGAGCUCGCGCGCGCGAGCAGGAAACGUUGGGGAGAGAUGCCAUCCCUGGUCCCCUGGACCAGCAGGGGAAGAAAGCGCCUGCCGCGGGAGCCUGGCCAGCCUUCCACCUCGGCCCUGCCCAGCUGCCAGGGUACCAGCCCUUUGUCCAAUGGCCCCAGAGCUCGGCCGGGAGCCCGUUAACGUCCUUGGCCUCUCCCAGGCUCAGCUUCCUUCCUCAUUCCCAUAAAAGUACAUCAAUGGCAGGCAAAAAACGAGGCGAAAUCCAGCUCCAGACAGUCAUCAACACUCAGAGCCAAUGGGAUGAAAUGUUACUGAACAAAGGUUUAACAGUGAUUGACGUUUACCAAGCCUGGUGUGGCCCUUGCAAAGCUAUGCAGCCUUUAUUCAGGAAAUUGAAAAAUGAGCUGAACGAAGAUGAUAUCCUGCAUUUUGUUGUGGCAGAAGCUGACAACAUUGUAACUCUGCAGUCAUUCAAAGAAAAAUGUGAGCCUCUCUUUCUCUUUAGUCUGAAUGGCAAAAUCAUUGCAAAAGUGCAGGGUGCAAAUGCGCCCCUUGUUAAUAGAAAAGUCAUUAGUCUGAUCAAUGAAGAAAGGAAAAUAUUGGAUGGUGAACUGGCCCGUCCUCAGUAUAGUGAAGUUCCACUCUCAGACACAUUAAGAAAGGAUGGUAGGGGACCAAACUAUGAAAAUCUUGGGGAAAUAUAUAGUAUUGUUGUGAUCAAACCUGAUGCUGUGAAUAGCAGAAAAACUCCACAAAUUAAAAAAAAACUUAUCAGUGCAGGAUAUGUCAUCGAAGCAGAGGAGAAAAAGAUGUUCACCGAGGAAGAAGUAAAGAAUUUCUUCAGUCAAAUGGCAGAGGAGCCUGACUUUGAAGAAUUUUUGUCCCUUAUGACGUCUGGCCUCAGCUAUAUUCUAGUUAUUUCUGUGGGAGCAGAAGAUAAGGAUUUCUUGGAGGAGAUUACAUCUCAGGCUACGAUAGAAGCUAAAGAAUCAUCUGAUUCUCAGAAUGAGAGUGAAGCUCAGCCCAUAGCUGAAAUGAUAAAGCAGAAACGGGACAGUCUGCAAGAAUAUUUGGAACGGCAGCAUAUAUCUCAGUUUUGUGAGACUGAAAAUAUUCCUGGUAACGUCACUAAGUUCCUGGACACCUUCUUCCCCAAUCUUAGAGAAAUGCAAGCCAUCAAGUUGCAAAGAACAUUGGCAUUACUGAAGCCUGAUCUUCUCCAUGAAAGAAAAAAUGAUGUUUUGACUAUAAUUAACAAUGAAGGAUUUAAAAUACUGAUGCAAAGAGAACUAGUCUUAUCAGAAGAAGAGGCCAAAGCACUGUGUGAGGAAUAUGAAAACGAAGACUAUUACGAAAAACUUAUACCAUAUAUGACCAGUGGUCCUUCUCUUGCCCUUGUUUUAUUGAGAGAAAAUGGCUUGGAAUACUGGAAACAGUUACUGGGACCAAAAUCGGUUGAUGAUGUCAGUGAAUAUGUCCUAGAGAGUUUGUGUGCACAGUUUGCAACAGAAGAAUUGCCCAUCAACCAGUUAUAUGGAAGCAAUUUCCCUGAUACUGCUGAACGAGAAAUAGAGCACUUCUUUCCUCUCACGAGCACGCUAGCAAUAAUUAAGCCUCACGUAUCACAUGAACAAAGAGAGGAGAUCUUGAAGCUCAUUAAAGAGUCAGGAUUUGAUAUAACUAUGAUGAAACAGAUGAUCCUAAGUAAAGAGGAUACAGACGAAAUUUACUUCACAGUCACAGAAAAAGACUUUUAUGCGGACCUGGUGAAAGCAUUCACUGAGGGCCCUUCGUUGAUUAUGGUUCUGACCAAGUGGAAUGCUGUUUUAGAGUGGAGACUACUGAUGGGUCCAGUAGAUCCAGAAGAAGCAAAGCUGCUGUCCCCAGACUCCCUCCGAGCUAGAUAUGGAAUCAGUAUUUUGAAGAAUGCUGUCCAUGGAUCCUCAAAUGACUUCGAUGCAACAGUGUGCAUAGAUAAAUUGUUUGAAAUGGAUAGUCCUGAGAUUGCAUAGAGUAACUACAGUAGGACUUGAUAGUGCAUGAGAUAAAGUCAACAAAACUGUGUGGCAUGGCUUCUGGAGGAAGGAAUAAGAAUACAAUCUGCAGAGGAAAACUCAUCAUCUCAAGAGGAAAAAAAUACGCCUAUGCAAAAUAAUAAAAACUAACUGAAACAGAUCUGCAUAUAUAUUUUUUUACCUUUCUUCUAAAAAAAGACUUUUGAGUGGUAUACAUAAAUGCAUAGAGCAAGAUGUAAUGAAAAUACAAAAUAAUUGGAAGCAUGGAAUAGGGAGAAGUGCAGUAGAGGUUAGAUCUUGAAGCCUGGAAUGGAAUUAUGUAUAAAAUGAAUAUUACAAAACCCUUAAGUUUAGAUAUUAGUUAAAAAUCAGACCCCACAAUGGAAUAUUUUUCACCCAUCAGGAGGAAUGAUGUUACAUCAUUUGCCAGGAAAUGGAUGAGCCUGGAAAUUUUUUACCUUCAGUCAGCCAUGCUCAAAGUGACAAAGGGUGCAUUUUGUUUCUCAUAUGUGGUAGUAAGAUCUAAAUUAUAAACAUAUAUGAAAACAUAUGUAGGCUGUAUACAUAUAUACACAAAUGUACUAUAGCAUAGUGUACAUAAGGAAGAAUUUCAAUAGUAUAAUUCAUUUGAACAAACACCUUAGAGUUUAACCAAAUGAAUACCAGGAAGCUGAAACAUGUUUUAUCUAAGGAGGAGGUGUGAAGAGGCGAAGGCAGGUACAUGAAUGGAGAAACAGGUGAAGGAUUGGAGAAUAGUCAUCAUAUUCCAUGGACGGAUGCAAGAGUAGAGCCAGGUAGCUUGAGGGAAUGAGUGGUUGGCAGAGAUGUUGGCGAGAAUGAGGGAAGGGACGACUGAUCAAGCUGCAUUGUACUCACAGAUUGACAUACUGAAUGGAAAGAAUUUAAAAUGCUUUCACAUUAUAUAUUAAGAAAAUGCAUUCUCUAAGAAUAUGUUGCAUGAGAGAAAGGAAUUGAGGGCGAUGUCAGACAGUUCUUCGCAUUGGAGUGAUACCCAAGAAAUACAUGGAGACUUGUGACCCUUGUUUCCUGUACCUGGGCUCUGAGGCUGGGAUGGGAAAACGCUGGCCUCAAUUUCAGAAGCUUAGGAAAGGUUAUUGGUGGCUCAACAUCUUGGAGCUACUGGGACUUUAACAAACCUAUCACUGCAAUGCUGAGGUGAAAUGUGACCAUGACACAGCCAUUAUAUUCAGGAUGAAAGAUUGUUCAGACAUUGUUUUCUUUGUGAUUUGACUUCUUUCCCCCUUUUGGCUUGCUGUAAUUUCCAUGAAGUAAUUUUGGCUCCUCUGGACAAUUUGUACCCAGAGACAAUCAUAACAAAAGAGCUGUCUCCACUGGCCUUCCAGGCAUCACAUUAUCCAAUGACUUCUUUUCUGCCCUGUCUUCUUGGGAAGAAAUGAGAGAGGCUGGGUGUGUUAAUAUGAGCCUAUCACUCACAGUUCUCAGGAGGAGGAGAUUAGAACUGCUGUGUAUGGGAAGCCUGGGAAAAAUAGUUCUGACAUUUGGCUUCCAUGAAAGCUUGAACACAAAAGAUGACAGAGGCUUAAGAAAU